AUGGCGUAUAUGAAUUCUACAAACGUGACGUUUUUGGAGAAUUCACUGAACUGCCUGCCAAUAUUAUACCCGUAUUGGUUUCCCAUGUAUGGUGUACUUUGUCCUUUGCUUGCCUUUACAACGCUUUGUACCAACAUCCUCGUCAUUAUUGUUUUCACCAUGAACCGGAUGCGUUCCCCGACGACCAUUCUUCUCACGGCUCUCGCAGUGAGUGAUAUUUUGGCGGCAAUUGUCAUAACUCCGAUGUAUGUUUAUUUUUACAGCAUGGGAAAUGUGUUGAAUUACCAAGAGGGACUUCCGUAUCCCCUGUGUAUAUACCACAGCAUGGCCUACAAAAUUACUGCCGUUUUCCACGCGGUGUCAAUAUGGCUGACAGUGGUACUCGGCAUCCAAAGAUACAUUGUCGUGGCCUACCCGAUUCCCGGCAGACGACUAUGCUCGCAGAAAAACUCCGUCUUGGUAAUAAUUCUGGUGUUCAUAUUGGUCCUAGGUACCUAUUCACUGUGGUUCAUGGAAGACAGAUUCGAGGAGAGAACUCGGAUAGAUGAAAGUGGUUUGGCGAUUCCUUAUUGUCUAUGUUAUCAGGAGGAAGUAAUCAUGUUUGAUUAUAGUCUAGAAAAAAUGAUGAAAUUCAUCCGCCUUGUGUUCGGACAGUUUUUUCCUUGCAUGAUACUUUUGUGUGCGACAAUAGCGUUGGUCCAGAAACUAGUUGUUGAAUCCCACCGGAUACUGGAUCUACAUAAAGAAGAAGACAACGAAAUGGAAAGGACUGACUUCCGGUUGAUUCGAAGAACUACGGUAAUGGUGAUUCUCAUCGUUAUAACGUUUUGUCUAGUAGAAAUACCACUUAGUAUAGUGUUUCUCAUAGAUGUUUGUGACGUAAAGAUCAUUCAACUCGACACGAAAUUAGAAAUAGCGGUAAUAUCUAAUUUUUGUUUGUUUAUCACAUACCAGGUAAAUUUCUGGAUAUAUGUUUGUCUCAGCAGGCACUUUAGGAACAAUUUGAGGAGACUUUUUCGUUUUGGAAAAAAACAAUGGAAUCAAAAUGGUUUGAAUUCUGUGAAUUCUAAGUCCAUCUACUCGCCGCGUAUAUUGAAGAACAGGCGCGUGUCAACCUUUCAUUGA